AUGCAGGGUGGACUUGGUGAGAUCCUUCCCCUGAUUCCGGCGUCGGUGCGUUCCUCAAUUCUUGCCGAUGCGUCGUGCAAAGAGGUUUGGUUUUGCGUCCCACCUUCACACGAGGUUAUUUCUGUGGAUGACCUUCGCUCCUCACCUAGCUCUGCUUUUGCUUCAAAGGUUGACACAACAGAGUGGCAACUUGUUUACGAUGUGAUGCGGGUGCAUCAUGGCGGCGUUAUGUUUGAGCGAGAUCAUGUUCGUCGCAUCUAUGAGAGUUCUGUGUUUGCGGUUUCUUCGAAGCCUCUCAGCAAUAAGGCAAAGCUGCGGUUCCCUGUUGAGACUGUGACGGAAAGCAUUCGUCGUUACAUUAGUAACCAACAUGAGGGGAAAGGUGAUAUAAAUCUCAAGUUUUUGGCUUGGCUGCCGUCCUCUUCUAACAGUUUGGGCAAUGAGGCGGAAUGGCAGAAAUUAUUGUGUGAUAUUCCCUACGCGCUGUAUUUUGUAAAGUCCUUCUUCCCCCCAGAUACAUGGUAUGCAGAGGGGACUCGACUUGCGCUUUUAUACAAUGCCCAGCGACAUACUCCAAAUGCAAAGAUUGUUCAGGCGCCUCUCCGUUUACGUGCGAAGGAACUCCAAGAGAGCAGCGCUGCGUACGAGGUGCUGCUUGUGUGGGAUAAGGCCGCACAUUAUCUCGUUCCGGAGGGUUCCCGUUCAAAUUAUCUCCUGAUCACAAAGGACGAUCGUCUGCUCUGUUCGCUGGAGGAGAAUAUACUUUCUGGCAUUACGCUCCGAGCUGUGAAAAGAGCCGCCACCGCUGCCGGACUAACGUCCAUCGAACACUGCCCACUAUACGUUGGCGACCUCUGCACAGCAAAGGCGAUUGCCAUGUUAGGGACAAGUCCUGGCGUUCUUCCUGUUCGGGAAAUUCAAAUGUACUAUGAUGAGGAGAGUAAACUGAAUUUUAUUUCUGCUUUGGACGAGUAUGAGCAGUGCGGAAAGGGGAGGGGGGGCUCUCUUCUGCUGCAAAGAGAGAAAAUUUUGUCCAACGGCGGACUGCUGGAGCUGCAUAGUGCCCAAAACAUGACUUUGGAGCAACUACGCGAAGCAUACAAUGCGGAAGCCUUCCACUGA